GUUUGAGUCAUGGCGGCGCACCGAGGCAAGUAGAGCUGAACUUUUAAGGAAUCGUCGUGUGUCGUGUGACUGGUCCAUUACAAUCUCUGUUCCAGCUCCAGUAUCUGUGUUUCAAGUUCCUAGCCAUCGUUCCGUGUUGCUGACCGUGCCUGUUUUUCUCGAUCCUGCCUUCUGUCUCAGCCCUUGUAACUGGAACCGCUCCUGAGCAGUCCUCACCCUGGUCCAGUUCUGGCAUGCAGCGUGGCAGGCCACUGGUGGAGGUCGUCCGUAUGGGUCUGGUCUCGUACCAGGAGGCUCUGCGUGUGCAGCAGGUCUACGUGAGUCACAGUCGAGCAGGACCAGCUAAUACCCUGCUGUUGUGCCAUCAUCCACCGGUCUACACGACUGGGAUCCGCCAGGAACCAUACCCUGUCCACAUGCUGGACAGCCUGCGCCUGCUGGGAGCCGAAGUCCAUCAGACCAACAGAGGAGGACUCGUCACCUUCCAUGGUCCUGGACAGCUGGUCUGCUACCCGAUUCUCAACCUGGCCUGCUUCAAGAAGAGUGUGCGCUGGUAUGUCGGGGAGCUGGAGAAGAUGAUCAUCUCCGUCUGUGCCGGCUUUGGCAUUGAAGCGUCCUCAUCGCCUCAUACUGGAGUUUGGGUCGGAGAGAACAAGAUCUGUGCCAUCGGGAUCCACUGCGGCCGAUACAUCACGUCUCAUGGCCUUGCUCUGAACUGCAACACGGACCUGUCGUGGUUCAGCCACAUCGUGCCAUGUGGCGUUGAAGGGAAAGGUGUGACUUCACUGAGUGCAGAGCUGCAGAGGGACAUCAGCACUGAGGACGCUGUCCCUCUCCUGCUGGACGCCUUCAGACAGCACUUCAACUGUACACUAACACAGGCAGACACAACAGACCCCCGACCUAACCCGGAAUCUCAGCAUGGACCAGCGUGACCACAGGAUCAUCCUGGACAUGAUUCAGAUUUAGUUUGCAUUGGCUCUUCUUUUGACUGUGACUUUUUGAAUGAUCUGAACGCUUUGAUUUUUUUAAUGUUGCAACACUGAUUAGCCAUCACAUUGUGACCACCUGCCUAAUGUUGUGAAGGUCCCCCUUUAGCCAGUAAAAGUGUCUUGACCUGGCAAGGUGUAGACUCCACAGGCCCUCUGAAGGUGUGCUGGCACUGAGAUGUUUGCAGCAGAUCCUUCUGUUGGAUGGGACAACGCAAGCCAGCCCUCACACCCCCCUUGGCCACCCAAGACCCAGACACUGGUUUUCCAUCCUUGGCCACUUCUGUUACAUGCUGACCAGUACAGACUGGGAAUGUCCCUCAAGAAUUGCAGGUCAGGAGAUGCUCUGGGCCAGUCUUCUAGCCAACACAAAUUGGUCCAGAGUCACUCAAAUCUUUUAUGUUUCCCCAUUUUCCUGCUUCCAACACAUCAAGGUGGAGGACCUGUGAACUUGGGUCCUUGUGUAUCUGGAACCAAAUGGUCAGUGUUCUCGCUGACUCAGUGGUCACAGUCUGACGGCUGAUCAAUGAAACGUUUUCUGAAAGUGUUACAACAUAACAUCAAGAGGUUUGUUGGUUUUGUUAUUUCUGUAAUGUGACUUUUGUCAACAUGAAAACUUGCCUGAAUAUUCUGUUUUUGUUUUUUUUCUGAAUUUAUUCUGGAAAA